UCACGGAUCGUACUGAACCAUCAUGAAGGUCGUCGCCGCUCUCCUGGCUCUGGUCGCCGUGGCCGCCGCCCGCUCCCCCUACGUCUUCUCCGACGGCUACCUGGAGAUCCUCGGCGGGGAGCCCCAGCAGGCCUUCAGCUGCGCCGACCGCGCCUACGGCUACUACGCCGACGUGGCCAACGCCUGCCGCGUGUUCCACAUCUGCCUGCCCAUCGUCGACGAGUUCGGCGACGUGAGCGAGACCGCCCAGUACUCGUUCUUCUGCGGCAACCAGACCGUGUUCAGCCAGGAGUCGCUCACCUGCGCCCACCCCGAGGACGCCUUCCCCUGCGACCAGGCCGAGACCCUCUUCGACCUCUCCAACGCCGACUUCGGCAAGAUCCCCGAGGAUGUCAAAUAGGGUGGACGACGCCGUGUAUAGAAAGAUAUUUCCCUAAUAAAAUCGA